GCCUCUCUAAUCUGUGGAGUAAAACACUUCUUGGGGGUUAUUAAUCUAUUUUCAUUGUAAAAUAAAAAAAAAAUGUUUUGUUUUGUUUACAUUUUUUACAAUAACAAUUAAUCAAAUAAUUUUAUGUUCUACCUGGGUUUUCUUCUAUAGUUUGUGUAAUAAAGUCUUAAGAUUAAAUCAACCAUGUCUGCAAAUUUAACCAUUAAUCUUAAAAGAGCCAGCAAAGUUUACAAUGAAGGUGAAAUAAUAGCCGGCAUAGUAGUGGUGGAAAGCAGCGGUGACUUACGUCAUGAAGGUUUAACGCUUGUUAUGGAAGGAUUCGUCAAUCUGCAACUUAGUACCAAGAAUGUAGGCAUAUUUGAAGCUUUCUCCAAUAGUAUCAAGCCCAUAAAUUUAAUAACCACAUCAAUGGAGCUUGUUCCACCGGGAAAGAUUCCUAGUGGAAUAACAGAAAUACCUUUUGAGGUGCCUCUACGAGCUCGGCAGGCUGUGUCCCCUGGAUAUCCUGGACUACUGGAAACAUAUCAUGGAGUCUUUGUGAAUGUUAUGUACAUACUAAAGUGUAAUAUGAAGAGAUCAUUUUUAAAUAAACCCUUAAAUGCUAGCUGCCAGUUCUUUGUGCAAUAUAAACAACAAGAGCCAGCGCCACUGAAGCCAGUGCGCUGUGAGAUAACACCGUCUACUAUACGAGCGUCCGGCUCGGCCAGCGGCAGCGGCCGCACUGUUAUGCCUCAAUUUCAGAUUUACGCCGAAAUAGACACUACAGUUUGCCCAUUAGAUAAACCAUUGACUGGGAAGAUCCGAGUAGAUGAAUGUUCCGUGCCUAUCAAGUCUAUAGAACUGCAGCUGGUGCGUGUAGAGACGUGCGGCUGUGCUGAAGGCUACUCCAGGGAUGCAACAGAAAUCCAGAACAUCCAGAUCGGGGACGGCGACGUGUGCCGCGGCCGUGACGUGCCGCUGUACAUGGUGCUGCCAAGGCUCUUCACCUGCCCCACCACUACCACUGUCAACUUUAAAAUUGAAUUUGAAUUAAAUAUUGCUGUGAUAUUUGAAGAUGACUAUUUGGUGACAGAAAAUUUUCCAAUUCUCCUGUUACGAAGCAGAUAAGAGGACAUGCUACUAUUUAAAAUAGGAUUUAAGGCUAAAUAAGUCAUGUACAGUAUAUUUAAUUAUAUGGUUUACCAUUCAA